CUGAUUGGUCACUACACUGACAAUACUUCCUGAAACAAUCCAUGUUGCAACAGCAAGUAUACGUUUCAGUAGUUUAGGGUUCAAAUCAACGAAAUAAAUCACAAUGGAUGAUCGUGAGCUUGAUCUCACCGAGUCACAGAAAGAUACCAAGUCGAAAUACCCGGCGAUCAACAAGAAGUAUGAAUAUUUGGACCACACUGCUGAUGUACAGCUCCACUCUUGGGGAGACUCUCUGGAGGAGGCCUUUGAGCAGUGUGCCAUGGCAAUGUUUGGGUAUAUGACAGAUACAGAGACAGUGGAGCCCAUUGACACAGUAGAAGUGGAGUCAGAAGGUGAUGACAUGGAAUCUCUUCUCUUCCACUUCCUAGAUGACUGGUUAUUCAAAUUCAGUGCAGAUCUUUUCUUCAUUCCCAGAGAGGUUAAAGUUUUGCACAUUGACAGGAUGCACUUCAAAAUCCGCUCCAUUGGGUGGGGAGAAGAGUUCAACUUGGUCAAGCAUCCACAGGGGACAGAAGUGAAGGCCAUCACUUACUCAGCCAUGCAGAUCCAUGACAUCGACAAGCCCGAGAUCUUUGCCAUCAUUGACAUCUGAGGAUACUACUACUGAGAAACUGUCCCAGAAGGGAACAGGACAAUAGAAACAAACCUAUAUGUGCCUGUGUGAUUGGACAAUUGAUUUAGGGCAACAGCAUAGGCUUUGAAAAUUGACAUUUGAUUAAGGGCAACAGCAUAGGCUUUUGAUGAGUGAAGUGUAAUAUUUCCCUGAAUUUGAAUUGUUUACAGACAGAUAUCCAGAGAGCAGCAAACAUCAUCAGCAGCAGCAGAGUAACUGCUUAAGAUACACUACAUGACCAAAAGUAUGUGGACACCUGCCCGUCAAACAUCUCAUUCUAAAAAUAACGGGCAUUAAUAUGGAGUUGGUCCCCCCCCUUUGUUGCUAUAACAGCCUCCACUCUUCUGGGAAGGUGGCAUAAUCCCUGAGUCAACUAGAUUAAAAUAAUGUUGAUGUGUCCUUGAGCAAGGCACUUAACCCUAGUUGCCCCUGUCAGUCGCUCUGGAUAAAGUGUCUGCUAAAUGACAAACAUUUAAAGGCUUUCCACUAGAUGUUGGAACAUUGCUUCGGGUACUUGCUUCCAUUCAGCCACAAGAGCGUUAGGGAGGUCAGGUACUGAUGUUGGGCAAUUAGGCCUGGCUCGCAAGUCGGCGUUCCAAUUCAUCCCAAAGGUGUUUGAUGGGUUUGUGGUCAGGGCUCUGCAGGCCAAUCAAGUUCUUCCACACUGAUCUUGACAAACAAUUUCUGUAUGGACCUUGCUUUGUGCACAGGUGCAUUGUCAUGCCUAAACAGGAAAGGGCCUUCCCCAAAUUGUUACCACAAUGUUGGAAGCACAGAAUUGUCUAGAAUGUAUGAUGUAGCGUUAAGACUUCCCUUCACUGGAACUAAGUGCCCAGCCUGAACCAUUAUUCCUCCUCCACCAAACUAUAGAACAGUGUGUUCUAUAUCGAGGCAGGUAGCGUUCUCCCUGCAUCCGCCCAACCCAGAUUCAUCUGUCGGAUUGCCAGUUGGUGAAGCGUCACUCCAGAUAAUGCGUUUCCAAUGGCGGCGAGCUUUACACAACUCCAGCCGACGCUUGGCAUUGUGCAUGGUGAUCUUAGGCAUGUGUGCUGCUACUUGGCUCGUUUCAUGAAGCUCCCGACGAACACUUCUUGUGCUGACGUUGCUUCCAGAGGCAGUUUGAAACUCGGUAGUGAGUGUUGCAACCGAGAACAGGCAAUUUUUACGCGCUUCAACACUCGGUGGUCCCAUUCUGUGAGCUUAUGUGGCCUACCACUGCUAGACGUAUCCACUUCACAAUAACAGCAUUUACAGUUGAACGGGGCAGCUCUAGCAGGGCAGAAAUUUGACGAACUGACUUGUUGGAAAAGGUGGCAUCCUAUGACGGUGCCACGUUGAAAGUCACUGAGCUCUUUAUUAAGGCCAUUCUACUGCUACUGUUUGUCUAUGGAGAUUGCAUGGCUGUGUGUUCGUUUUUAUACACCUGUCAGCAACGGAUGUGGCUGAAAUAGCCGAAUCCACUAAUUUGAAGGGGUGUCCACAUACUUUUCUAUAUAUAGUGUAAGUCACCUGGCUCUGCUCAUAAGUGCUCUGAGCGGUAUUGAUUGAGGAAUGCCAAUAAUUAAGGUUUUUAUUGUUAUUUUUAAGGAUCACAAAUUAAUCCAAAACGUGUCAAGAGACAGAAUCAUCUAAAACAAUCUGUUACGAAGAUGGCACAAUAAUGAAUGUACUUGUCGGGAUUAUUAUUUUUUUAAUUGUUGAGAGACCGUGCAGGGGCACUGACAGUUUUUUUUGGUCAUAUGUACUGUAUUUGUACAGCUAGAUAUUUAUUUAAGCAUUUCAGGUGCCACACCUCUCAGAUUAAAAAUUCAUUAAACAAUCCAGGCUGGGAUCCACCCCAUCACAGACAAAUGCAGUGCUUUGGCCAAGAUGUUUCAUACCGAUUGAAUCAAACACACUAAGGCUUUUUCUGGAGAGUAACAUACCUGAGUGAACAUGUUAACUUUUGGUUUAUAUAUUUUUUAUUUUGAAAUGGUGACUUUCAGGAUUAUUGUACAAUAUACACUACCGUUCAAAGUUUGGGGUCAUUUAGAAAUGUCCUUGUUUUUUGAAAGAAAGGCACAUUUUUGGUCCAUUAAAAUAACAUAAAAUUGAUCAGAAAUACAGUGUAGACAUUGUUAAUGUUGUAAAUUACUAUUGUAGCUGCAAACUGCCAUUUAAAAAAAUGGAAUAUCUACAUAGACGUACAGAGGCCCAUUAUCAGCAACCAUCACUCCUGUGUUCCAAUAGCAUGUUGUGUUAGCUAAUCCAAGUUUAUAAUUUUUAAAAGGCUAAUUGAUCAUUAGAAAACCAUUUUGCAAUUAUGUUAGUACAGCUGAAAACUGUUGUCCUGAUUAAAGAAGCAAUAAAACUGGUCUUCUUUAGGCUAGUUGAGUAUCA